UAUGUUCGUGCGUGUUCUCCCCAGUCAAGGGGAGAGGGCUACGAAUGGAGCGGAACCAAUGUCAGGGAGCUCCGUGUCCUUCCGCAUCAUUUUCAUGACGUACCGCUGCGUUUGGACGUGCAGGGAUGGAUGAAUACACACCAGAUGAACUCCUUGCCGAGUUAAAGGGCAGGCGCCUCGGAGGUUGGGGUGUUGCCCAGAUAGCUGCUGGCACAGGACUUGCUGUCUAUGCUAUGUGGGUGGGCAUCCUUCAGCCAGGCUUUCGAAAAGUACCCCUGAGGCUACAGGUCCCGUACCUCCCUGCCAGCAAGGCCCAAGUACAGAAUGUAAUGACACUGCUGAGGGGUCGACCGGGGACCCUUGUUGAUUUAGGCUCUGGUGAUGGCCGCAUUGUGCUGGAAGCCCAUCGCCAAGGUUUCCAUCCUGCCAUCGGCUAUGAGCUCAACCCCUGGCUUGUUCGCCUGUCACGCUUUCACGCAUGGAGAGCCGGACUUCAUGGAAAGGUGUCAUACCGAAGAGAAGACCUCUGGAAGGUCAACUUGACAGACUGCAAGAAUGUCACUGUGUUUUUGGCUCCAAGUGUGCUGUCAUUGCUGCAAGACAAGUUGGAGGCAGAGCUUCCUGAUGAUGCGCUUGUGGUCGCUGGUCGUUUUCCCUUUCCAAACUGGACACCCUCCAGAACCGAGGGUCAGGGUGUGGACCAAGCCUGGGCCUAUAACAUGCAUGGUCAGAGGCACAAUACCUGCAAAAAAAGGUCCACAUUGUAUUCCAUGGGUGGGGACGUUGUCAGUGAGGAGAAGAGAAGUACUGAGAGUGACACAAGUGUCCACAUGCUCUGAUUUUCUAUGCCUCACUACCGACAAGAUUGUUUUCUGUGAAAUGGGAGUUAUGAUUAAGGUGUAUGCAUGGCUUAUCUGUUCAUCAUGUUAGGAGUGACUUGGUGAGUGUAUAUACACACACACACACACACACACACACACACACACACACACACACACACACACACACACACACACACACACACACACACACACAUUAGCAGUUGAUGAGUGCGCAACACUCGAAACAAGCUUGUACUGCUAUGUAUUAAAAGUAUUUUUCCUCCUAUUCCACUCCUCAUUAGUUGAGCACUUCUAUCAACACCAUUUACGGUUUCUGGAAAAAAAACCGAUAUAUAUGUAUAUGUAUAUAUAUAUAUAUAUAUAUAUAUAUAUAUAUAUAUAUAUAUAUAUAUAUAUAUAUAUAUAUGUAAACCCAGCAAAAUACCAUUAUACUUCUGGCUGAACCAAGCCACUGAGUUCGACAAAUAGCCUACGCAGUGUGUAUUGUUGCAACAGGUUGCCAACACGUAACUUGACUGCUGAGACAUUACAAACUAACUGCCUUUCUUUCUUUCUUUAUUUCCACCACAUUGCUCACAGCCCUUUUCAGUCUUCGCAAGAUUUCCUCAAAUGCUGUUGCACAACGAGCUGUAAGUGACAUGGAGCCAGGUAGUCGCAGUUGCAUUUUCUUCACAUGGACUUGUGAUUUUGCAAAGAGCUCAAUGAUGUGCAAAACCUCUCAGCAUUUCUUCAGUCAGCUGCACUUGUGUCUUGCUGGACAAACGUAACUUUUGAUGGACAGAUUCUUGAAUAUUUGUUUACUCGUUGUUCUGCAAUUUGUUGACCGUGUUAUAUAUUCAGUCUUGAAGGAAAACUCCUCGCAAACGGAAUUCCUGAUAUCAUGCAAGUACUGUGCGUGUGUGUGU